AGCCUCAACUCAAGCAGAGCAAUCCAGUCGGUCUCACUGAACUGAGCUCUUCUUCUGGCGCUGCAUCCCCUUUUUGCGCAACUCAAAACAUUUGCUAGUUUUCUACUUAAUUGUCCGGACUUCAACGGUCAACGAUGAGCUGGAUGGUGAAGAGUUUCUUGUUGCUGUACUUGUGGAGACUCCAGGAAGGAGCACAAGCCUGCACAUGUGGCCCGAGGCAUCCGCAGGAGGUCUUUUGCCAAUCAGAUGUCGUCAUCACAGCGAAGGUUGUUGGAGCAAAGGCUGACGGAAGCUUAAAUCCCAUCAAGUAUGACAUCCAGCCAAUUAAGAUUUUCAAGGGCCCUCAGAGGCUUUUUGCUGUCAUCUACACGGCAUCCAGCUCUGCCGCAUGUGGAAUCACACUGACCAAUGGCGCCGAAUAUCUACUCAUGGCCAGACUCCAGUCUGAUGGCUCGCUGUACAUCACCUCGUGUGACUUCUAUCAGCCGUGGUAUGACUUGAGCGCCAUGCAAAAGCGCUUGUUGCAGCUCUAUGGGAUGGGCUGUGACUGCAAGAUCACACUCUGCGCCUCCCUCCCGUGUGGCAUCAGCAGCCGGACCGAGUGCUUGUGGACAGACUUUUUGCCAGUGAAGCUGGCCAACGGCGAGCAGGCCCAAAACUUUGCUUGCAUCAAGAGACGCGACGGCUCUUGUGGCUGGUAUAGGGGCGCCGCCUCGCCCAUGAAGAGAUUUAUGGGAGUUAAAGGCCGUUGAUACUGAAAUAAAUGAAAUUCAUACAAA